AUGUCAACUAAUCCAGGGUCACAUUGUGUCUUGGAGUGUGAUCCAACAACUUCUUGCUUUCAAAGAUUGUUUAUUUGCUAUGGUGCUUGCAUUGAGGGAUUUAGAUGGUGCAGACCUUUGCUGUUCAUAGAUGCAACCUAUUUUAAAAGUAAGUAUAAUGGGCAGCUAAUUUGUGCUACCGGGAGGGAUGGAAAUCAAGGAUUUUUCCCAUUUGCUUUUGCUAUCGUGGACUCAGAAAACGAGGAAAACUGGAGGUGGUUUUUUGAAAAUUUAGCUAAAGUUUUGACUCCACAAGGUAGGACGAUUACUUUUGUAUCUAAUCAUAACAGAGGUGCGACCGAAGAUGUUUCAAACAUAUUUCCAAAAUCCCAUCAUGCAUUUUGUUUGAAUGAUAUGAAACAGAACCUCUCAUCUAAAUAUCCGGCUAAUUUUGGUAAAUUUUUUCGGGAUCGAACUGUUGAGCUUUUUACAAAAUGCGUAUAUGCUCCAACUGAAGCUGCUUUUGAGUUUAAUAUGAAAAAUUUAAAAGAUGAAGGCGGUGCUCCUAUGAAGACCUUUCUAGAAAAUUUCCCCAAGGAGAAUUGGUCAUAUGCCUAUUUUAAGGGUAAUCGAUAUGGUGACAUGUGCAGCACUGUUUCUGAAUAA